ACACUACUACACUACUUCUACUAUAUACUACACUACUUCUACUACACUACUAUAAUGAACUUCCGCUCCUCUCGCCUGGUCUACCGCGCCAUUGAACCUGCCGACGACGACUUUCUGUAUACAGCCCUGUACAAUGACCCGGCUGUGCUGACGAAUAUCUAUCCUGGGGCCUUGAAGCCGUUGACAAAAGACGUGCCGGUGGAAAUCCGCAAGACAGUUAUUGAGACUGCUUUGAUUGCGGUGAUGAUGUGUAUUCCUAGUAGUGGUACUUCUAGUACUACUAGUGGUGGCACUGGGAGUACCGGUAGCACUGAAGAUACUACCUCAGUUGGAAUCAUUUUGUUAAAAAAAGACCCCCCCAAUCAACUGCAUCACCGGCGGGCAGAACUCGCCAUCGCCCUCGCCAGUGAACACCAAGGCAGAGGAUACGGCCCGGAGGCGAUCCGAUGGAUCCUAGACUGGGGAUUCCGCCAGGGGGGACUGCACCGGAUCAGUCUGCGCGUGUAUGGGGCCAACGAGCGGGCGCUGCGGGUGUAUCGCGCGAUAGGGUUUGUUCAGGAGGGGAGGCUGCGUGAGGCCAUGUGGCGGGAUGGGCGGUGGUGGGAUUUGAUUGAUAUGGCGAUUCUGGAGGAUGAGUGGGUGAGUGAGGGCAAUCUGAUCUGACAUAGUCUGGAGGGUAUUGAUCUAUAUGCAUAACCUAGGGUUAUACAUUAUGCUAUCGAGUAACCCAACCCUAAACUAGGUUGAUAAUGCCAUAACCCUAGGGUUAAAAAUAUAUGUUAUGCUAUGUAUAACCCUAACCCUAGGGUUAUACAACCCUAAGUACAGAACUGUAGAUCGGUGUUUACUAUUAUAACCCUAGGGUUAUAUAAUAGCAUAACAGAUAUUUGUAACCCUAGGGUUAUGGCAUUAUCAACCUAGUUUAGAG